UGAUGACGUCGCACAAUGGCCGGCCCCCGCGGGUAGUGGAGCCCGUUUGUUCCGCCCGCGUCGCCCCGAAGCCGAAGCCGAAGCCGGAGCCGGAGUCGGAGCCGGAGCAGAAGCAGCCAAGCUCUAAAUCCUGUGAUGCUGUGAAUGUAGCCAGUGUGUACAUCCCUGUAGAUUUCAGAGGACUGCAUGAAAACUGCUCAGUGUUUUUUCUGCCACCAACAUGCAGAAUGAAAUUAGUAAAUGUCAGCCAUCUUGCCCUGCAUUUAAAUACAGGAGAAGGAAGAACAAAGUACCCUCCUAAAGCAUCUGAGUGGGAUACCAGCAUGUGUGCACUUUAUAAUUAAAUCUGGAGUAGUAAAAAUAGACUUGAAUAUCUUCUGAAUAGAGCAGAAUGAGACUGUCAGCAUCAUGUAAGCACAGCUCUCGUAAUAUGGAGAAUUUUCUACCAGAAGUUCUUCUCUACAGACCAGAAGAUACUGAUGGAUGUGUGUGAGAGCCCUGAUCGAGAUCCUGGAUCUCCAGAGGAAGAACAACAAGAGCUCUCAGAUGAUGACAUUCUGAAAGAAAGUGGAUCUGAUCGGGAGUUGGACGGAGAGGGUGGGAGGGGCACUGAUUUGGAGGAAGAAGAGGAAGAUGCAGCAAGGGCACUGAGUCAGGGUGAAGAAGAGAAUCAUUCAGAUGAGGAGGACCGAUUAAGUGAAACAAAGUCUCAGGACUCUGAUAAUAAUGAGCAGAGCAAAGAUCUUAAGAACUCCCCAUGUCAGGAAGAGGAGGAGGAGGAGGAAGAAGAAGAAGACAACAGGACAAAUGAUCUUAGAGAUGAAGCCUCUUCAGUCACUAGAGAACUAGAUGAGCAUGAAUUAGAUUAUGAUGAGGAGGUUCCUGAGGAACCAACAACUACUGCUCAAGAGGAGGAGACCGAGAAGGCUGGUGGAGAAGAUGAGGAUGAGAAAGGAGAAGGUACUCCAGAGGAAGAAGAGAAAUCCAGUGGUAAAAAUGGGGAGGAAAAAGAGCACCUGGAAUCUCUUAAGGAGAAAAAAAAAGAGGAAGAUGAUGGAGAAAUAGAUGAUGGAGAGAUUGAUGAUGAUGAUCUGGAAGAAGGAGAAGUGAAGGAUCCUAGUGAUAGGAAGGUGAGGCCUCGUCCCACCUGCCGAUUCUUCAUGAAAGGUCACUGUACAUGGGGAAUGAAUUGUAGAUUUAUCCAUCCUGGAGUGAAUGACAAAGGAAACUAUUCUUUGAUCACAAAACCAGACCCUUUUCCACCCAAUGGUGCACCACCUGUUGGACCUCAUCCAUUGAUGCCUGCCAAUCCUUGGGGUGGACCAGUUGUUGAUGAAAUUCUGCCUCCACCACCUCCAGAACCCCCAACAGAGAGUGCCUGGGAGAGAGGACUCCGGCAUGCAAAGGAGGUAUUAAAAAAGGCAACCAUUCGAAAAGAACAGGAACCUGAUUUUGAAGAAAAAAGGUUUACAGUGACCAUUGGAGAAGAUGAACGGGAAUUUGACAAAGAAAAUGAAUUUUUCAGAGAAUGGAAUUAUCGGAUUACUAGAGAUGUCAGAGAUACAGCACUUGAACCUUAUUCUGAUCCUUAUUAUGAUUAUGAAAUAGAACGGUUUUGGCGUGGUGGGCAGUAUGAGAACUUCAGAGUGCAAUACACAGAAACUGAACCAUAUCAUAAUUACCGAGAGAGGGAAAGGGAGCGAGAGAGAGAAAAUAGACAGAGAGAACGGGAACGGGAACGUGAGAGAGACCGAGAAAGGGAACGGCGGCAAAGGGAAAGAGAGCGAGAAAGAGAAAGAGAACGGGACAAAGAACGCCAACGAAGGAAAGAGGAGUGGGAACGAGAACGAGCCAAGAGAGAUGAAAAAGACAGGCAGCACAGAGACCGGGACAGAGAAAAAGAGCGAGAAAAAGAAAAGGAAAAACCAAAACCUAGAUCCCCUCAACCACCAAGCCGUCAGCCUGAACCACCAAAGAAGGAAACCACAUCAGCUGGCCCACAAGUUAAAAGAGCAGAUGAAUGGAAGGAUCCUUGGCGGCGAUCUAAGUCCCCUAAGAAGAAACUUGGCGUGUCCGUUUCUCCGAGCCGUGCACGGAGGCGUCGAAAAACGUCUGCCUCGUCAGCAUCUGCAUCCAAUUCCUCCAGGUCAUCAUCUCGUUCAUCAUCAUACUCUGGUUCUGGCUCCUCACGAUCCCGGUCCAGGUCCUCAUCCUACAGCUCCUAUUCUAGUCGGUCUUCUAGACACAGCUCAUUCUCAGGCAGCAGAUCCAGGUCUCGGUCUUUUUCAUCUUCCCCUUCUCCAUCACCAACACCGUCCCCACAUAAACCUUCUAUAAAAACUAAAGGAGAGCCUGCCCCACCUGCUGGAAAAGGAGAGAAGUCUCUGAAAAAGCCAGCUCCACCUCCAGCCCCCCCACAGUCCACCAAAACCAUUACACCUGCACCAGAGCCCACCAAGCCAGGCGAUAACAGAGAAGCAAGAAGGAAGGACCGCCAAACAAGAACCCCACCCAGGAGGCGGACCAUCAGCGGCAGCAUCAGCGGCAGUGCCAGUAGCUAUAGCGGAUCUAGUUCCCGAUCCAGGUCAUUGUCAAGAUCUCUCUCUAGGUCCCAUUCCCGAUCAACUUCUGCCUCUAUUUCUCCCUCCCCAUCAGGGUCCAGGAAGUCCCGGUCCCUGAGUGUGAGCAGCGUCUCCUCUGUCUCCAGUGCCACCUCAAGUAGCAGUUCUGUUCGAAGUGCUGAUUCAGAAGACAUGUAUGCUGAUCUGGCCAGUCCCGUUUCCUCGGCCAGUUCCCGGUCUCCCACCCCUGCCCAGCCGAAGAAAGAGAAAGGAAAAUCAAAAAAAGAAGAUAGUGUUAAAGAAGAGAAGCGGAAAAGGGAAGCGCCCACACAGCCCCCCAAAUCCACAAAACCUACAGCCAGUAGUAAAUCAUCUCAGCAGCCUCCACCACCCCAACAAGUGCUCCCACCACAACCUCAGCAAGGAGGGUUCAGUGCUCACAAAGAGAUCAAACUGACAUUAUUAAAUAAGGCAACUGAUAAAGGAAGCCGGAAGAGAUAUGAACCAUCAGACAAGGAUAGACAAACUUCUCCUCCAGCAAAACGAGCUAACCUCUCUCCUGAUAGAGGUUCUCGGGAUAGGAAACCAGGCGGGAGAAUCUCUUCUCCCAAACAGGAGCGCCAGAGAGGACAGAAUCCUAAACCGCCUUUGACUCAACCAGAUAGGAAACGCCAAUUAUCGCCGCAGUCCAAGAGUUCAAGCAAAGUUACCAGCGUGCCCGGCAAAGCCUCUGAUGGGGGCCCAGCCGCAGCUGGGGCCAAGUCUGGGAAGUCAAGCACGUUGUCAAGACGGGAAGAGCUCUUGAAGCAGCUGAAGGCCGUAGAAGACGCCAUUGCUCGGAAGCGGGCCAAAAUCCCGGGGAAAGUAUAGCUCCUGGACCAGCCCGAAUAGACUCUUACGUGUUUUUAUAAAUAGUGUAAGCGCAGCCAUUUUGGAUUGUGCAGUUAAUGUCUUAUUUUGGCUGCGGUUCUUUUUUAAAAUUAAAAAUAAAAAGGAAAAAAAAAGUUUCUCAGCUGGAAAAGAAGCCGCCCAUAUAAUGAAGAUGACUCUGAUUCCCAGCUGCUUCCCAGCGAGAUUGAGGAUCAGUCCCUUUCUUCCCAGAGCAGAAUCCCCUGAGGCAGACCAAGCCAGCACCAAGGCAGGCAGAGGCACACGCAGCAACAUUUUCAAUGUAAAUUAUAAAUCCUGGACUCCUCAUCUAGCCCCAUUGGAUACUUUGUCUCUUCCGCCUCCCCCAAACCCCCUUUUCUUUUCUCCUCCCCUCACCCCUCCUUGCUAGCCACGAGUCGUAUUCUAGUUAGCCUUGCUGUGUGUUGUGUCUUCAGCAAUGCCUUUCUAUUUCCUGUGUAACAAGAAAACCGAAUACUUCUGUGAACUACUGGCAACAUCUUCCCCUCCCUUGCCCCAUCCCCGGGAUCAAAAAUAUAUAUAUAGACAUAGAUAUAUAUAUAUUCUUGACUAAAGUCUGAUUGGGAAAUAUUUCCUGUCUUUUAUUUUAAGCAUCAGAUUGUUUUAGUUGAUUAAAAAAAAAGAAAGAAAGAAAAAAAGCAAGGGUAUUGUUGGGGCAUCUGUCUAAUGAGGAGGGUCUUUUUUUUGAGGGGGUCUCCUAAAAUAAAAUAUUUUGAUAAACAGUU